AUGUCGUACCUUCAAAAAGAGCUCAAAAGCUUCACAGCGAGCGUCGUGGAGUCGGCAAACCGCAUGCCUCAACAGCGUCGAGUGGUUAACAAUAACCCACUCUCUGGCAGCAGUUCGCAGGUACCCUCAUCUGUGCCAACUCCUUCGUCGUCCAGCGAACACAAGAAAAAGAGACAUGAUGUUGACAUCGUUUACUCUCAGCCGGCCAACACGGGAACUGGCAAGGAUAUCAUGACUCAGGUCCUUUUUGCUAUCGAACACAUGAAGUCUAAGGGUGUGGCUCUCAAGUUUGCGGAUAUCGUAUCUUAUUUGUCCCUCCAACACCGCGCGCAUGAUCAAGGGUACGUUCAGGCCCUUAGAAGCAUCUUGCAGAUGCACGAGAAGGUCGAAUACGACCCCAGCGGCGCGAACGAUGAAGGCACCUUCAGAUUUCGCCCCCCUCACAACGUUCGCACCGCUGAACAACUGCUUCAAAAACUACAGGCUCAGACUACUGCAGCUGGUAUGAGUGUACGUGAACUUCGGGAGGGUUGGCCGAAUGUUGAGGAAACCAUCAAUCAGAUGGAAAAGGAGGGCAAGCUGCUCGUGACUCGAAAUAAGAAGGAUGAUCAUGCUAAAAUGAUCUGGGCGAAUGAUCCUUCUCUUAUCGAGCAUUUCGACGACGAGUUCAAACAGAUUUGGGAUAAAAUCAAGAUUCCAGAUGUGCAGGCUGUCAAAGAAGAGUUGGAACGAGCCGGUAUUACACCCACAAACAAGAACAAGGUGAUUAAACCACGUCCGCGGAUGGAGUCGAAGAAGGUCAAGAAGCCCCGGCGCAGUGGGAAGACAACCAAUACUCAUAUGACGGGUAUCUUGCGAGACUACUCACACUUAAAGCGGUAA